GACCAUCGGUGCAAACCCAGGCCACUCCCAGAUCGGAGACACCGUGAAAAAUGAAAAUCCCCCGAGGCUGGAAGAUCCUGCUCCACCAAUCUUGGUCCUUUUUUCAAUUGAAUGUGGACGGUUACUGUUGCAUUUCUCUUCUUAGCCGUCUAUUUGCAGGUUACACGGUGGGUCCAAACGUUCCAACGCUCCCGAUCACCGAACCGUGGCCCCACCUUUCGGCGAACCGAAAAGCUGAGUAUCGUAUGAGAUGCUCGGGCGGAGCACAAAAAAUUCCCCAUUCCUCUCUACGCUGCAGAGACAAUCACUCCCUCCGGUCGUGAAAGCUCUGAUUUCUCUGCAAAUCGCGAAAAGAGAAAAUCAGAAAUGCAGGAUGCCGCCGAGAUUCGGAAUCUUCCGAUCGACAUAGCUUUUUCUCGUCUUGGAGAAUGGCUGGUGGACAGGAAGAAGAUACCGUCAGAUUGGCGGAAGCGCAUGAGCUCGAUCAAGAGUCGGAUUUCGUCGGCUUUCUCGUCGCUGCCAAAAGAUCUCGACCCUUUCUUCCAGACCCUAGAUUCCGAUGCAAUUGGAUACCUGGAAGCAAAGCAAAUAUAUGACAUUCUUCUUAAAUUGACUCCAGAAAGUCGGAAUAUUUUUGGCCGACUGUCUGGCUCUGCUGGCGAAUGGGAGUCCAUUGUCCGAGCUUUCGAGAAGGACUAUAUUUAUCUUGGUGAGGCUGCGCAGAUAAUGGUUCAAAACGUUAACUAUGAAAUUCCCUAUCAGAAAAAGCAGGUACAAAAGAUUCAGCAACAACUAGCAGAACUGGAUCGUAAAGAGGCUGAUAUUAAAAGAAAUGCAGCUUUAUCGGCAGCCAAAUAUGUGGAAGCUUGUCAAGAGCUCGGAUUACAGGGGAAAAAUGUGAAGCUGGAACUUCUAGAGAUUGCAAAAUCUCUUCCCACAACAUUCAGCAGGAUUUUGGAAGUCUUAAAUGGCGAAUCUGUAUCAAGGGGGAUUGAAUAUUAUUCAAACUUUGUUAGAGAUGCUCACACAGAGAAAGAGAAAACUUUGGGCAUUGUGCUACCAAAUCUGAGGGACCUCCAUGAAAAACCCCCUUCUCUGAAUGUUUCUGUGGGUCCUGAGGUCAUCGAUUCUCUAAAGGAUUCAUCAAAGUCAAAAGUGAAUCAGUUAGCUGAUGUUCAUGUGGCAACAGUUAAUAUUGAUUGGGAUAUUUCAGUGGAUAAUGCGGAGAUUGAUUGGGGAAUUGGAACCAUUGAACAGACAGAUGAAAUGGGCAAUGAGUUUGGUACUUAUGAAAUAGUCAAUCCAAAUGAAGACUUGCAGGCUUCUCUAACAGACAACGGUGGGGCGUCUGAUGAGGCUUCGCUAAAGAAAGUGGAAGAUGGCCCUCAUGUGGAGAGUUCUAAGUCAGACGUAUGCUGGGAUAUCAGCAUUGAAAAUCCUCAAGUCGAAGUGCUUGACGAUGCUGUUCUGCCGGACCAAGAACUGGAACCUCAGCUAUGUAUUCCAGACGCAUCAGUGCAAACCCAGGACAUUGAGGAAGAAAGAAGCCAGCUUUUGGAGACCGAGUAUAGGAAUAAGAUUCUUGAUGACUUGUUUGAGCUCAAGUCGUUUCUGAAUCAACGUAUAGUAGAGAUGAGUAGUGAAGAGACUUCCUCUUUGCAACAUCAAGUUCAGGCGGUUGCGCCAUUUGUGCUACAGCAAUAUGCUUCUGAUGCAAUUCAGACAAUGCUAUCAGACGUAUCUUUGGCCAUUUCUUUGCUCACAAACAGGAAGACGCGCGACUUGAUCUUGACUCUCAACUCCAGAAGAUUUUUAGAAAGAUUAGUCUCCACAUUGGAGGAAAAGAAGCAUCAUGAAGUGAAAUUGAAAGAGAGCUUGAAGGAUUUGUCAGCCAAACGAAUGGAGCUGCAUAAUGCGCUAUCCUCAUCCUGGCCAAAGCAGGAGGCAGCCCUGGCAAAAACAAGGGAGUUGAAGACGCUGUGUGAAAGUACAAUAUCAUCUAUGUUUGACGGGCGGCCCGUGAAUAUAAUCGGUGAGAUUAACACCUUGCUAAGUAGUAGCAUUAGUGCAUAACGUUAGACAUUUAUCAGAGUGAGUUAUCAUGACUUUAUAACAGUCUUGCUUUUUCCAAAUAAAGAUACACCGGAAAAUAGAUUUAACAGGCACUUGGGAUUUGUAUACGUGCAAAAUACUAAGGCCAUUCAAAUUGCAGGACCCACUGUUGAUAGUCUGUUAUCCCAAUCAGAUUUAUCAGCUGAUCUAAUUAACCAACAUGCAUUUGUUCAA